AUGGAUGCAGACAAAUGGGAGGGCUCCUUGGAAAAGGAGCUUUUGUGUCCCAUUUGUCUGAGUGUUUUUACCGACCCGGUCCAGCUGCCGUGCAGGCACAACUUCUGCCAGGGCUGCAUCUCUCGGGCCUGGGCUGAAGACGACGCUGCAGUCCGCUGCCCCCAGUGCAGGUUCAGCUACCGCCACAAACCUGCGCUGUCGAGUAACCUGAAGCUCUCCAACAUAGUGGAAAGCUUUAGCAGUCUGAGCGCAGAGAAAGCCUCUGCUGCACUGCAAUGUGGCCUCUGCCGUGGCCCCCGGCUGCCUGCAAUCAUAAUGUGUCUGCACUGCAAGGAGCCCUGCUGCGAAGCUCACAUGGACACGCACCUGCAGUUGCCAUCCACAGAUCUGGGACACCUGCUGGUGCCCGUUGAAGAUCUGAAGGACUGGACAUGCACGCAGCAUCGUAAGUUCAGGGUUCUCCACUGUGAGGAGGAGCAGACAGCUGUGUGUCCGUUGUGCUGCAUCACCCGCUGCGUUGGCCAACGACACACAGUGUGCCAAGUGGUCCAGCAGCACGAACGGGUGCAGGCCGUGCUGAUGAGGCAGCAGAAGAGUCUGGAUGAUCAUGUUCACAACAUUGAUGACCAGCUCAGAAACCUGGAAACAGACAAGACACUGAUCCAGGAGGCAGUGUCUGAGUUAAAAGAUCGUGUGAAAGCCCAGUAUGAGCGCAUGCAUGCGCUGCUGGAGGAAGACCUGCGCAAUACAAUGCACAUCCUGGAUAGUGCUCAUGGGACAUACCAGCAGAGGAAAUCCCAGCAGGCUUUGCAGCUGAAAGAGAGGCGUCAGGAAGCUGACGACCUCCGAACUUCAACCCAGAUGUUCCUCCGAAGAACCGAGAAUAUAAAGAGCAUCCAGGACACAAGGCCUUACCGGCUGCUAAUGAACAGGUCUGAUUUUUACCUUGGUGCUGACCUCCCUGCACACCAAGCAGGACAGCUCAAUAAAGUGCAUUUCCUCUCUGAGCUCUCAAAGAGAGAGAGGGACCUGCGCAGAAUGCUGGAGGAGCCACUUAGCCAGGCGGCCCUUUUCCAGACUGUCCCGUCCUGCAGCUGUGGUCCUGGCUGCAGAGCAGGGACUGGCUCAGGGAUUAAGAGGAAGCUUGAUGUGGCAUUCCAGGAGAGUCAACCAGGUACCUCAACCUCCCAGGAUGCUCCACCACCAGCUUCCAGGAGGAGAAGAGGCCUGCUUGCCAACCAGAGCUACUAUCACUCCUCUUCCUACUACUCCUCUGAGACUGUUCCAGCUCUGCCUGGCCCAAGCUGGGUCAACAGCCAAGCCCAUGAAAGCGUGGGCCAUCCUCCAGGGGCCAUGGUCACCUCCUUGCCCCUCUCCAAUCAAGCGGUGCAGUACAACCCACAGUUUGGCUGGAUGGUGCCUCAGUUAUUACCACCAAACUUGGUCCACUGGGUGGCUCCUCAGGGGUCAGUUCCAUCCCACCGUACCCAGCUGCCCACUGACCAGUCAGUGCAGGGACUUCAAUGA